AUGGCCGCUUCCGAUUCCCUUGGUUCAUCAUGCAGGGUGAUUGUUUUUGAAGAGCAGUUCGCUACUGGUCUUAGGUUUUCUUUAGAUCCAUUUUUGGUAGAAGUUAGGGAUUUAGGAGUUGCCUUAGGGCAGCUCUAUCCUGGUACGAUUAAAGUGGUGUUCGCCUUUGUGGAAGCGUAUAGGCUUCUGGGUCAUGCCCCUUCUCUUAAUGUCCUUUAUUAUUUUGUAGAUUUUAGGAAGUGCGACGGUUGUUUCGUGUUUGCACUUGGUAGGAGAGUGCGAUCCCAUAUUUAUCUUCCUUGUCUAAACAACCGCUGGCGCAAGCGUUUCUUUAUAGUCUAUCAUAUUUUUGCUUUUCUUCAUUUUUCGGAUGGUUUUUCUACUCAUCAAGUCCAAAGCUCUCCAUCUCCUUUAAGUUUAUCUGAAUCGAUCCUUGCUUCUGAUUUAUCAUUCCAUAGUGUCUUUCAACGUCCUAUUUUAGACGUUUUGGUUAAUAGUCAUCUUCGGCAUCGAUGGAUGUCUUCUUCUUCUGACGAUUUCCUUUCCGAAUUUAAAGUAGAUUUGGAUGUUCAAAUGGGCGGUCCCGAAGCCCACAUCGCCGAGCCUAUUCUGGGAGAUGACGCCGAAGUUGCUGUAAUUCCUGCUGGGACAGUGUUGCUUGCUGCUGACGGAGUAAUCGUCAUAGCUAAUGGCGACGCGGUUAAAGAAUCGAUAGGUGAUGAGGCUGUUAUAGCUCCACUUCCCCCUCCAACUCCAUUGGAUAUUCCGGAAGAGGCCAGGGAGGUGAAUUCGGGCGAGUUGAUUGUUAUUGAUUCAGAAGAGAUUUCACCGAGUCAAGAUAUGGUGGAUUCUCCGUAUAGGAAAAGGCGUCGAGUUAAUAAUGACUCUCCUUCGAGGGAGAGUCUUCCUGGAGGUUCUUCUUCUGCUCCCAAUUUGGUGCAGGCAGGGCAGGAGCUCUCCGGUCUUGCUUGUUUUCGCGGUUUUUAUGCUCUCCAGUCUGUUUUGGUGCUGAAUGAUCGCUGCCAGUAUGCUGAGGAGGAGGUCGAGCGUCUUUCUUCUCUCCUGGAAACGUCUGAGUCUGAGAGGGUGAAGUUGAAAGCUUCUUUAGAAGAGCACGAUUCUCUUUUAUCACAGCUCAAGGCACAAGAUGCGAUUAAUGAUCGUCAGGUCAAAGUGAUAGAGAAGAAAACCUAUGACUUGACUCGGGAGAUCGAAGAGCUUAUCCGGAUCAAUACUCUUGUUGGAGAAGAGAGAAAUAAGCUAAGAUCUGAGCAUGAACCAGAGGUUCAAGUUGGUGGGGGUCGUGCAGGCGGAGUUCCGGCCGGCCGAGGCCUAGCCGGCAGAGGUCAGGCUGGCAGAGGUCGGGGAGGCAGAGGUAGGGGACGAGGUGGUGCAGGCAUUCAUCUCGAUCCAUUCGAUUUCACGACGUUUUUGGCUGGGAUCACUGCACUUCAGAAUAAUCAGGUGCAACUGCAGGCAGGACAGAUUGCCAUGCAGAACCAGUAUGCUAUGCUGGGUCAGAUUGUUCAGCAACAGGCACCUCAGGCUGGUGGUAAUGCAGUUGGUGGUGGCGGGACCACUGACAAGGAUUUGGUGUUGGCUUAUGCGAGGCUUAAGUUGACAGAGUUUUCGGGCGAUGGCGAUGCCCUAGACUUUCUGGAGGAAGUUGAGCGAAAUGCUCAGAGGUUGCAGGCUUCGGAUAGGCAGACUGUUAUGUUGGUGGAGAUGUCCUUAAAGGGCUCUGCAAGUGAUUGGUUUCGUAGUGCCAUUCGUGCUGAGAUGGCUACUAUUUCUUGGGAGGAUUUUGUGACUCGGUUCAAGAACUUUUACUUACCUUUUUCAGUGACCGAAGGUCAUAGAGACAGAUUGCUGGUUUUGAAAAGGGGAGAUAGGUCGGUGAACGAGUACACUACUGAAUUUGUGAGGCUGUGUCGUUUUGCCCCAGAACUGCUGACUGAACAGCAAAGGGUGAAUGACAGGUACGUGAAGGGUUUAGGCGCUGAUUUUAUUAGCCUUCUGACUGAGUCGAACAAGGAGUUUUCGGAUGUAGUAGACAGUGCUCGUCGAAUGGAGACUAGUUUACUGCACUUUGGAAAAAUGUCUGAGACCAAAAACGCGAGCGGUGUUGCGCAGGGUAGUGUGCAGCAGGGUGGUAGCAGCAGCUAUCAUUCCAAGUCUUCUCAGUUCAAGAGUAAGAAAGGAGGUGAGCGGAGGGGAUACCAACCGUAUUCCCAUGGUACUAGUUACAGCAGUGGUAGCCGUAGUUCUGGGCAGGGUAGCAGUGGAGCAUCCAGUGUUCCUUUCUGUCAGAACUGUAGGCGCAGGCACUUUGGAGCUUGUGCAGUAGCACCGGGUAGCUGCUAUGCUUGUGGCCAACCGGGCCAUUUCGCGAGAGAGUGUCAGACAUCUGGGCAGCGAGUGUCGUCGGCUAGUUUUGAUGCGGGGGCAACCCAUUCUUUUGUUUCGUCGAGUUUUGCUGCUAAGUUGGGUGUGACACCAUCUAGGUUGUUAGAGCCCUUAUCUGUAUCUACGCCUUUGUCUGACUGUGUUGUGGUGGAUGUGGUGUAUCCUUCUUGUUCUGUGAUUAUUCAUGGUAGGGACCUUAGGGCUGAUUUGAUUGUUCUCGAUGUGUUAUCUUUUGAUGUCAUCUUGGGGAUGGAUUGGCUUUCACGCCAUUUUGCUUCUAUCGACUGUCGAGGGAAGUCGGUAUUGUUCGGGAUUCCUGGUGAGACGCCUUUUUCCUUCCAAGGGGAGAAGACGGAAACACCUAAGAAUCUAAUUUCAGCGAUCAAGGCCAAGCGUAUGAUGGGCAAGGGUUGCCAGGCUUUCUUAGCGGUGGUUCGUGAUUUAGAAGGAGGCUGUGGUGAUGUGCAUAGUGUUCCGAUAGUGAAUGAGUUCACUGAUGUGUUUCCAGAGGAGUUACCUGGAUUACCACCUGAUCGAGACAUUGAGUUCUGUAUCGAUGUUGCUCCUGGAACAGCUCCUAUUUCGAUACCUCCGUAUCGAAUGGCUCCUGCUGAGCUGAAAGAGUUGAAAAAGCAGUUACAGGAAUUACUGGAUUGUGGUUUCAUCAGACCAAGUACUUCCCCGUGGGGUGCUCCGGUGUUGUUUGUCAAGAAGAAGGAUGGGUCUUUUCGGUUGUGUAUUGAUUACAGACAGCUGAACAAAGUUACUAUCAAGAAUAGAUACCCUCUUCCUCGCAUUGAUGAUUUGUUCGAUCAAUUGCAAGGGGCGAAAUGUUUUUCCAAGAUUGACUUGAGAUCCGGAUAUCAUCAACUUCGGAUUCGAGACGUCGAUGUGCCUAAGACUGCUUUCAGAACGCGUUAUGGGCAUUUCGAAUUUCUGGUCAUGUCUUUUGGGUUGACUAACGCACCAGCAGCGUUUAUGGAUAUGAUGAACCGGGUAUUCAAGCCGUUUCUGGAUCAGUUCGUUAUUGUGUUUAUUGAUGACAUAUUGAUUUACUCUCGGAGUGAGGAGGAGCAUGCUUUUCACUUGAGAACAAUACUACAGACUUUGCGUGAGCAUCAACUGUAUGCUAAGUUCUCGAAGUGUGAAUUCUGGCUGGAUCAUGUUACUUUCUUAGGACACGUGGUGUCUAAGGAUGGAAUCAAGGUUGAUCCGAAGAAAAUUGAGGCAGUCAUGGAUUGGCAGAGGCCGAGAUCAGUUACCGAGAUCAGAAGUUUUCUUGGGUUAGCUGGCUACUAUCGUCGGUUCGUGCAAGAUUUCUCCAGAAUAUCUGCACCGAUGACUAAACUGACACAGAAAGGUGUUAAGUUUGAGUGGACUGAUAAGUGUGAGGCGAGCUUCGAGAAGCUCAAAGAGAUUUUAACUACAGCUCCUGUGUUGGCUUUGCCAUCUGGCAUCGAGGGAUUCACCGUGUAUUGUGAUGCUUCUCGUAUCGGUUUGGGUUGUGUUCUGAUGCAACAUGGUAAGGUAAUUGCCUAUGCUUCUCGCCAGCUGAAGAAGCAUGAGGUGAAUUAUCCUACUCAUGAUCUGGAGUUGGCAGCUGUGGUUUUUGCUCUCAAAAUUUGGAGGCAUUAUUUGUACGGUGCGACUUGCGAGAUCUUUACUGAUCAUAAGAGUCUGAAGUACAUCUUUGAUCAGCGGGAGUUGAAUCUAAGGCAGCGGAGAUGGUUGGAGUUACUGAAAGACUACGAUUGUUCUAUUCAGUACCAUCCGGGUAAGGCUAAUGUGGUAGCCGAUGCUUUGAGUCGCAAAUCUUCGGGCAGUUUGGCCCAUAUUUCUGAGGUUGGGCGGAGACCCAUGGUUCGUGAGUGGCAUAGUCUGUUAACUUCGGGAUACCGAUUUCAGGUUUCGCAGAAAGGUUGUUUGUUGGCACAGUUGCAAGUGCAACCAGUUUUGAUUGAUAGGAUCAAAGCUUCACAAGCUGAGGAUCCACAAUUGAAACGGAUUUUGGAUGAGAUCCAUCUGAAUGGAAAUUCCGAGUUUGUUCUGGCGGAUGGAAUUCUCAGGUACGGUCCUCGACUGUGUGUUCCAGAUUCGGAUGGUUUGAGAGACCAGAUUCUGGAGGAAGCGCACAAGUCAGCUUACAGUGUUCAUCCGGGUUCUACCAAGAUGUAUCAUGAUCUCAAAGGUACGUACUGGUGGAGCGGUAUGAAAAAGGAUGUUGCAGAGUUUGUGUCUAAGUGUUUGACUUGCCAGCAAGUAAAGUUAGAACAUCAGAGACCGUUUGGAUAUCUGCAACCGCUACCUAUUCCAGAGUGGAAAUGGGAGCGGAUCGCUAUGGAUUUUGUGGUUGGUUUACCACGUACCCGGCAGGGGUAUGAUUCGAUUUGGGUGAUAGUUGACCGUUUGACCAAGUCAGCUCACUUCUUACCGAUCAAGGUUUCAUAUCAGGCUUCGAAGUUGGCACAAUUGUACAUCGAUCGGAUUGUUAGUCUCCAUGGUGUACCAGUGUCGAUAGUUUCGGACAGAGGUUCAGUUUUCACCUCUCGAUUUUGGAAGGCGAUGCAGGAAUCUUUGGGCACGAGGUUGGAUUUCAGUACUGCAUUUCAUCCUCAGACUGACGGUCAGUCUGAGAGGACGAUUCAGACUUUGGAGGAUAUGCUCAGAAUGUGUGUUCUGGAUUUUCAGGGUAGCUGGGAUACUCAUUUGCCUUUGAUUGAGUUUUCCUAUAAUAACAGUUACCACGCUAGUAUCGAGAUGGCACCAUAUGAGGCAUUGUAUGGGCGCAAGUGUCGAUCUCCUAUUUGUUGGGAAGAGGUCGGCGAGCGUAAACUUUCUGGAGCUGAGAUCAUCCAGAUUACCUCUGAGAAGGUACCUUUGAUCAAGCGUAGGCUUGAGACUGCUUUCAGUCGGCACAAAAGUUAUGCUGAUCUUAAGCGGAAGGAUUUCGAGUUUCAAGUUGGCGAUUUUGUGUUUCUUCGAGUUUCGCCUAUGAAGGGCGUUGUGCGUUUUGGUGUUAAGGGAAAGUUGGCACCGAGGUUCGUUGGUCCUUAUGAGAUCAUAGAGAGAGUUGGAGCAGUUGCUUAUUGUUUGGCUUUGCCGCCAGAUAUGUCGUUGGUGCAUCCGGUAUUCCAUAUCUCAAUGUUGCGGAAGUGCGUUUCGGAUCCUUCGCAAGUGAUAGUACCACAGAGUGUCGAGAUUGACCAAGAGCUGUCUUAUGAGGAACAGCCUGUCGAAAUUGUUGAUACGCAAGUGCGUAAGUUGCGGAACAAGGAGAUUCCGAUGGUCAAGGUUCUGUGGCGAAAUCACUCGGUCGAAGAAUGCACUUGGGAGACGGAGUCCGAUAUGCGUGAUCGUUAUCCUUUCCUUUUUCUUUGA